AUGCCUCAGCUUCGCAACGCAGAAGAGCACGCAUGGCCGAAAUUCGACAAGGAAAGCAGGGCCAGGGAUAGGAAGCUGCAGAAGGCGAUCCGGGAGACAGGCUUCUGCGGUCUUCUCACCGUCGACGUAUGCAAGAAGCUCAUUGCGGGCGAGGAACUGACGGAGGAGGAGUUCCCGGCUAGAAUGAACCGGCGCUUGAAUGGGCGUGGGCCGGUAUCGUUGGCGGGGGGUGAGAUCUCGGAGUCUGAGUCUGAAAAUGCCGAUGCGGAUGCAGGCGCGGGUGCUAGUGCAAGUGCCAGUGCAAGCACGCGUACUACUCGUGGUCGAUCCCGGCAGCCGCUGCAGGAGAAGAAUGCGAAUGCAAGCAAGAAGAGAGGUGCGGCUGGUGGUGUUAGUGGGGGCAAGAGAGCCAGGGUAGAGCUGGAACGUGAGAACAAGGACGAGCAGGAAGAACAGAGGCAACAGCUCAGGAGGAGCCCUGAGUAUCUGCGCCAAUUCAGACAGGAGGUGGAAGCGCAGAUUGGGAGGGAGAGUGAGCAUGCGAAGGGCAAGAGAGCCAGGUUGGAGUCAGACCAAGAGCAAGAGCAAGACGACGAGGAACAAGACUCAGACUUGACCUCAGACUUAGACUCAGCCCAUGAGCAAGAGCAAGAAGACGAGGAACAAGACUCAGACUCAGACGCAGCUUCCGAUUCCGGCACAGAGUCAGAAUCCGAGCUCGACUACACCUCCACAACCAACUACGACGUCAGCACCAUCUACCUCGACGGCGAAGACGAAGGCGACGUCCCAGUCUACGACACCUGCGACGUCAUCCGGCACAAGAUCCAAACCUUCCUCGACCACACCUCCUGCAAAAAGGCCGCCUUCCUGCGAGAAAUCUCCAAGUGCCUGCCGAACCAGAAUAACGGGAAACCCAUGACGACGGGACCUCUGACCUCGUUCAUGGCCAAGUCCGGCUCUACGGAUGGCAACCAGAGCAGCGUCUUCUACGCGGCGUAUGUCUUUUUUGAGAAGUUGAGGGUGCGUGAUGGGAAGCGCAAGACGGCGUUCCGGAAGGACAUGGAGGAUGUUUGGGGGUAUGAGGGGUUUGAUCGGAAGACGAGCAAGAGUCAGGUGUUUAUUGUCCGUGUUGGCAAGGAGCUCUAUCGUGAUGAGUAUGGGAAGAUUUUUUCUAUGUGA